UCUCUCUCUCUUGCAUCUCUCUCUCUUCUAUCUCUCUCCUAACAAACAAAGCAUUAUAGUCUUAUACCAAACAAAGUGUAAGUCUCUCCUCUCUAACCCUCCAUUUCCAAAAUCAAUUAUACCAAACAAUGUGUAAGUGUGGGUGUAAAUGUACUGUAAACUAAACUUUUUCCACAAUUUUUUGUCAAUGGCUCAAUGCACUUGACAGCAAGUAUGGUCCACAACAGACGGGUAAAGAAACUAUCACUGGAGGGACCGGGCAGGGACAGAAAUUAGAGACCGAAGAAUUUCCAUCUCUUUUGGGUGAUUAAAUACAUGGGUGUUGGAUAGUUUCUUCGAAAUUUCAUUGAAUAGCUCUUGGCCCUUUCUUCGAAAAUUCAUUUGAAAGUUGAGGAAAGUUUCUCAUCCAAAUCUAUAAAAUGGUUGGCCUUUGUAUAAUUCAGUGUGAAACCAAUUCUUGCUCAGUUCAAAGAGAACAUGACACGCUGGCUAAUCCAGAUUCUGAGUUGGCUGAUGCAGCCAAAUGUUUGGAGAUUUGUGAGUUUUGCUUCAGCUGUUGUUGGACUGCUCUGUAAUGCUCUGAGCUCUUCCUUCAACCAUCUAUUUGGAGAUUGGACUUUCUUUAAGAUAUCUCUUUAUAGUGUUUUCAGCGUUAUCAUGUCCCUCAUGAUGUUGUUUGCAAAGAAAUGGAGACAUUCUAGAAGUCUGCAGUUCAAAGCUCACUUGGCAUUUUUGGUCUUGACCAUCACCUCACUCUAUUCAUUUAUCUCUGAUAAAGUGAUGAAUGGGAAACCAGAUGUAUACAGCCUGAUUUCAUGUGCUGCUUUUGCUAUCAUGUCACUCAGCAUAUCAAGGCAAAUCCAGUGCGGUUUCGAAGUUGAUCUUCUGUAUUUCUUUCUGGGAUGUCUAAUGGUACAACUCAUGAAAACUAAAUUGGUGUUAGUUAUUGUUGGAGCAGGGUUCAGCUAUUCACUUAUUGUCCUUCGUUCUUCCUUUUCUUCCAUUGACGGAUUACCCAAAAUUGAUCACAUUCCUGCACCUCAAGAAGAGCCUUCCAUAGACAUUUUAGUCGAUUCACAACAUCUUGCCCGUACUGAUAUUGCUAGUGUCACGCAGCAGCUCUCUACUCAUUUGAAGGACCUUCAACAACAUGAUUCAAAUCUCCGGAAAUUGCUUUUGGAGCGGGUGAAGGAAUACCUUGAACAUAACUCUGAACUGGUGGCGACGGACCACAACUUCAUCAUCGAUGCACUGCCAUCAGAGACUUUGAAUAAAUUUCACAAAACUGCCAAGUUGAUGGUGGAAGCGGGAUUUGAGAAGGUGUUCUUCGCCGUGUACAGCAGCUGGCGGGAGGAAUGGUUGAAGAAUCUAUUGGGGGACACUCACAAGAUGGCAUGGCAGGACCUCAAAGACGAGACUGGAUUUGGAAGAUGGGUUAAGGCAUCCAACGUAGCUCUCAAGAUACUGUUCCCCAACGAGCGGCAACUUUGUGACCGUAUCUUAUUGGGAUUCUCAUCUGCUGCCGAUUUCUCCUUCACAGAAGUUUGCAGGGGAUCGGUCAUUCAGCUACUAAAUUUUGCUGAUGUUGUCGCCAUCGGUAAACGCUCACUGCAGCGGUUGUCAAGAAUCCUAGAGGUGUUCGAGACGUUGACUGAACUGAUUCCUGAGUACGAGUCUUUGUUUUGUGAUCAGUACAGUUUGUCACUCAGGAACAAAGCAAUCACGAUUUGGAAGAGAUUGGGAGAAGCAAUCAGGGGCAUUCUCAAUGUGUUGGAGAGUUUGGUCUGGCGUGAUCCAGCAAAGGAAGCUGCUCCCGGUGGCGCAGUUCAUCCAUUUACCCGCUACGUGAUGUACUACCUCCAAGAAACUUGCCGGUCCUGGCAGACCCUAGAAAAGGUAUUUGAAAACUACUCACUCUCCGCGCAGAUGCAUUGGAUUAUAGAGCUAUUAGAGAGCAAUCUAGAAGCAAAGUCCACGUUCUACAAAGACCCUGCUGUAGGCUUUGUUUUCUUGAUGAAUAACGGUGAUUAUAUAGUUCAGAAGGCCAAAGAUAGUGAAUUGGGAACGCUUUUGGGGGAUGAUUGGAUACAAAAGCAUACUACUAAAGUUCGACAAUACCUUUUGCAAUUUCGAAGAACCAUGACAAAGCAAAGUGCUGCAACUUCAGUGCAGGAUUUGCCUGGCAGAACGAAGAAUGCUCCGGAAAGAACAGUGAGGUUUCCCGCACCACAGGUUGGAGACCUAGGGAUGCCACCCGAAGAUGGUUUUACUUGGAGAAAAUAUGGCCAGAAAGUAAUACAUGCCUCCAAGUACCCCAGAAAUUACUACCGGUGCACCCGUCAGAAGUGCCUAGCCAAGAAGCGAGUACAACGACUUGAUGACACUCCGGAAAUAUAUGAAGUAACAUACCGAAAUGAACAUACCUGCUACAUGUCCUUAGCAGAACCAUCGUUGCUUCUACCAUCACAACAAGUGGAUAUCUCAAAAUACAUGACUCAACCCACCAUGUCCCUCCAGUUUUCUCCAUCAUCAUCUUCAGUUUCAGGGCAAUCUUUCAAGAACCUUGUCCAGCAGCUUAGCGGUUCUGGUAGCACUGGUGGCGGUGUUGGGCCCUCUACUUCAGAAUAUAGUACUGAUUAUCCGAUAGCAGAUAUGGUUGAUGCUAUGUUCACCUCUAGUUGUAGCAAUGUCAGCAGUGUUGCAUCUUUUGUUCCAUUUGCUGAAGAUAAAUGGGAACCAGAUGGUGCACCUGAAAAUGAACAUUCUGAAGUCAUUGAAGUCGAUUCACCACAAUUGGUCAGUACUGAUAUUGCUGGCAUGAUGCAACAACUCUCAAAUUGUAUGAAGGGGCUUCAGCAGCACGAUUGUAAACUCACCAACAUACUUUUGAUGCCAAAGGAACACGUCGACGAUAAGUCUAUGCUACUUAGGACCGACAUUAACUUCGUGAUCGAUGCACUGCCAUCGGAACGUAUCAACAGCCUCCACAAAACAGUGAAACUGAUGGUGGCCUCAGGGUUUGAGGAAGAAUGCUCCAAGGUGUACAGUAGUUGGCGAAGGAGAUGGUUGGAAGAGUGCUUGAUAAAUAAAUUAUUAGAGUUGCAAGAGAAUGAGAUAGAGAAUGAACAUGAAAAGAAGACAUGUUUGGAUAAAAGGGUUGAGAGAUGGAUUGAAGCUUCCCAGGUUGCUCUAUUGAUACUAUUUCGUGAAUGGCGACUCUGCAAUCGUAUCUUCUCAGGGUUCUCCUCUGCUGCUGAUAGUUGUUUCACACAAGUUUGUCAAGGGCCCAUGAUUCAGAUGCUGAAUUUUGCUGCUGCAGUUGCAGACGGAAGUCCUUCGGCAUAUCGUUUGUUCAAAAUCCUUGACAUGUUUAUGACAUUAAAUGCUCUGAUUCCAGAGUUCCAAUCCUUAUUGUUUCCUAAUCCGUUGGUGAAUGAAGCAAUAGCAGUCCAAAACAGAUUAGGAGAAGCAAGCCGGGACCUUUUCAUGGAAUUUGAGAUUCUGGUUUUCGAUAUUCCAGAGGUCAAGCUACUUGCACCGCCCAAUGGUGGGCAUCAUCCCAUGAUGAACAACAUCGUGGCCUACCUUAAUUCUGCUUACAGGUCACAACAGAUCCUGGAGCAAAUUCUACAACAAUACCCCAAGGUAGCUACAGGAGCUGAAACAUCUUCCUUCAUGACGCAGAUGAAGCGGACAUUGAAGCUGCUAGAGAAAACACUGGUAGAGAAAUCCGAAAACUACAAGGACCCUGCUUUACCCUACUUCUUCAUGAUGAAUAAUUGGAGGCUCAUAGAAGUGGCACUAGGAACCAUGUAUGGCCAUGAUUUGUUCCAAAAUAACAGAGCAAAAGUCCAAAAAAAUCUUGAACAAUAUCGAGGAAGCUCAUGGAAUAAGAUGCUGGACAUUUUGAAGGUUGAAAGCAAUGAAUCAGAGGCACCCAAUGUUGCAGCAGAUUUAAUGAAAGACAAGCUCAAUUUGUUCAACAUGCACUUCGAGGAGAUAUGCAGAGUUCAGUCUACAUGGUCUGUCAUUGAUGAGCAGCUCAGGGAAGAAAUAAGGAUAUCUGUGAACGAUAUUUUGUUGCCUGCAUAUGGGAACUUCAUUGGGAGAUUUCAGGAUGUUCUUGGUAAGCAUGCUUAUGAGUAUAUUGAGUAUGGAUUGUUUGACAUUGAAGAUAGCCUCAACUAUUUAUUUGUUGGAGCCAAGCCGAUGAAAUCAAUAGCUGAAACAGAAGGAAAGGACUGAAAGGCUACCCAAAUCUGAUGCGAAGAAUGCAAGUAUUUUUCAGGGUUUAGGAUUUUAUUGAUUGGUGUUUUUCUUUUCAGAACAAAGAAAUUUUAUUUAUCUGAUUCUGAUGAAA